AUGCAGCAGCAGCAGCAGCAACACCAGCUGCUUUCAGGGCCUCCACCGCAAACCCUAGGACCCAGGGGGCCCCCAGGGGGCCCCGAGCUGCAGCACCCCAUGGGGGACCCUCAUCGGGGGCCCCUCGCCCCCCCCAGUGAUAUCUUGGGAAUAUAUCGGCAGCAGCAGCAGCAGCAGCAGCAGGUGCACUUGUCUCACUCGCAUCUUCUCCAGGGCGCGCCCUUUGCUGCUGCGCCCGUCCAGUCCGCAGUGUGGCACGCGCUCGCGCCGCAGCAGCCUGCAGCAGCAGCAGCAGCAACUGCUGCUGCUGCUGCUGCAGCAAGCAGCACUGUGGGGGCCCCCGCCUACAGAAUCCCAGGAGACCCCGCCCCCUACCAGAGGGGCCCCAGGGGCCCCCAGGGGCCCCCAGGGGAACUUCGUAGCUACAUCUCUGGCACUGUGGGUCUGGGGGCCCCUGAGGGAGCCCCCAGGGGGGCCUCCAAGGGUCUCACGCAGCAGCAGCAGCAGCAGCAGUCGCAGCAGCAGCAGCAGCAGUCGCAGCAGCAGCAGCAGCGCCAGUGGCAAGAUGCCAGCAGCAGCACCGGGCGGCAGCGGCAGCAGCAACAGCAGCAGCAGCAGCAGCAGAAGGGUGGAGGUCCCGUUACGGCCAUCCUGCCGUACACGUCGGAGGAGGACCUGCCGCUGCUGCAGCAGCAUGUGGCCCCGCAGCUGCGUGCUGCUGCUGCUGCUGCUGAGGGUUCCUGCUGCUGCUUGCUGCGCUUCGGGUCUAUGGAUGCUGCGCUACAGCAUGCUGCUGUCAGCUGCCGCUUUAAGAGCCCAGACGGGGGGGCUGUACUGGUGUUGCUGCUGGCCGUGGCUGCUCAGCAGCAGCAGCAGCAGCAGCAGCAACAGCUGAAGCAGCAGCAGCACCAAGCUGCGGUUAGUCCGGUCGCUUCGCUCCGAUUGCUGCCUGCGGUGAUUCGCCUCCCGCCGCCUCCUGGUUCAACAGCAGCAGCAGCAGCAGCAGCAGCAACAGCAGCUGAUGCUGCUGCUGCUGCUGCACCUGCUGAAAAGCAGCGGCCGCUGCAGGACACUGAGGGCCUUCCUCCGGCCUUCGCCGAGGCUGUUGUGAAUGCCACACGCAGUUUAAAGCCUGAAGCAGCAGCAGCAGCAGCAGCAGCAGCAGCAGCACGAAGGCCGCCUCUUAAGGAAGCAGCAGCAGCAGCAUCUGCUGCUCCUCCUCCUGCUGUUCCUGUGCGCUCUGAGCCGGCUGGCUCCAAAGGAGAUAGCGGUAGCAGCAGCAGCAGCAGCAGCAGCAAAUUGUCAAUGCAGCAGCAGGUUAAGGCUAGCAGCGCAGCGGAGGCCACGGUGAAGUCUACAGCAGCAGCAGUGGCUGCUGCAGAUCGCGGCGGCAGCAGCAACGCCAGCAGCACCGAUGUUUCGGUCUCAGCUGACACAGCAGCAGGAGCUGCAACACCAGGCAAAGCAGCAAAAGAAGCUGCUGCUGCUGCUGCUACUGCUGCAGCAUUGGGCGGAGUGAGCCGCGCAGCAGCGAAGUCUUCGCUUGCCCUUUCCCGCUCCGGCGUGCAGGCGCUGCAGCCUGCUGCUGCUGCUGCUGCUGCUGCUGUUGCAGCACAGAAGCACUUGCCUCGCAAACGGAGGCGGCUCAGCAGCAGCAGCAGUAGCAGCAGCAGCAGCAGCAGCAGCAGCUCAAGUUCAGAAGAAGAGGCCCCAAAGGCACGUGAGAAGAGCACGCGUCAGCCGCCUAGUCAGCAGAAGCAGCAGCAAAAGCAGGAGCAGCAGGAGCAGCAGGAGCAGGAGCAGCAGCAAAAACAGCAGCAGAAGCAGCAGCAAAAGCAGCAGCAGCCACAGGAGCCGCAGCCGGAGCCGAAGCCUCAGCAGCAGGAGCAGCUGCCGCCGCAGCAGCAAGAAACGCGAAGGCCUCAGCCUGCUGCAGCAAAAGCUUCGCCAAAAGUGCCGCGGCUUGGUGCUGCUGCUCGCCGUGCUGCAGCAGUCUCCUCAGCUCCGGCGGGAGCAGCAGCAGCAGCAGCAGCAGCAGCAGGCUUGGACUCCCCAACGC